UCGGCUUGGGCUCCGCGGGCGGGCGGGCGGACAUGGCGGCCAACAUGUACCGGGUCGGAGAUUAUGUCUACUUUGAGAAUUCCUCCAGCAAUCCCUAUCUAAUCAGAAGGAUAGAAGAACUCAACAAGACUGCAAGUGGCAAUGUGGAAGCAAAAGUAGUGUGCUUUUAUAGACGACGAGAUAUUUCCAACACGCUUAUAAUGCUUGCGGAUAAGCAUGCUAAAGAAAUUGAGGAAGAAUCUGAAACAACAGUUGAGGCUGACUUGACUGAUAAACAGAAACAUCAAUUGAAGCAUAGGGAACUCUUUUUGUCACGCCAGUAUGAAUCUUUACCUGCAACACAUAUCAGGGGGAAAUGCAGUGUUGCUCUUCUCAAUGAGACAGAAUCUGUGUUGUCAUAUCUUGAUAAAGAGGAUACCUUUUUCUACUCAUUGGUCUAUGAUCCCUCAGUGAAAACACUGUUAGCUGACAAAGGUGAAAUCAGAGUGGGACCCAGAUACCAAGCAGACAUUCCAGAAAUGCUCUUAGAAGGAGAAUCAGAUGAGAGGGAACAGUCAAAACUGGAAGUUAAAGUUUGGGAUCCAAAUAGCCCACUUACAGAUCGACAGAUUGACCAGUUUUUAGUUGUAGCACGGGCCGUUGGGACAUUUGCUCGAGCCCUUGAUUGCAGCAGUUCCGUGCGGCAACCCAGUUUGCACAUGAGUGCUGCCGCAGCUUCGCGAGACAUCACCUUGUUUCACGCUAUGGAUACGUUGUAUAGACACGGCUAUGAUUUAAGCAGUGCCAUUAGUGUCUUAGUACCACUUGGAGGACCUGUUUUAUGCAGAGAUGAAAUGGAAGAAUGGUCGGCCUCUGAAGCUAGCUUAUUUGAAGAGGCACUGGAAAAAUACGGGAAAGACUUCAAUGACAUACGUCAAGACUUUCUGCCUUGGAAAUCAUUGACUAGCAUCAUUGAAUAUUAUUACAUGUGGAAAACUACUGACAGAUACGUGCAACAGAAACGUCUAAAAGCAGCAGAAGCUGAGAGUAAGCUGAAACAAGUGUAUAUCCCAACUUACAGCAAACCAAAUCCCAACCAAAUAUCCAGCAGCAAUGGCAAGCCCGGGCCUGUGAACGGAGCAGUGGGGACCACAUUCCAGCCCCAGAAUCCUCUCUUAGGGCGAGCCUGUGAGAGCUGCUUCGCUACACAGUCUCACCAGUGGUAUUCUUGGGGCCCACCUAACAUGCAGUGUAGAUUGUGUGCAACUUGUUGGCUUUAUUGGAAAAAAUAUGGAGGCCUGAAAAUGCCUACCCAGUCAGAAGAAGAGAAGCUAUCUCCCAGCCCAACCUCAGAGGACCCCCGCGUCAGAAGUCACAUGUCCCGCCAGGCCACACAGGGCAUGCCAGUCCGAAACACUGGCAGUCCCAAGUCCGCAGUGAAGACACGCCAAGCUUUCUUCCUUCAUACUACGUAUUUCACAAAGUUUGCACGUCAGGUCUGCAAAAACACUCUCCGGUUGCGGCAGGCAGCAAGACGGCCAUUUGUUGCUAUUAAUUAUGCUGCCAUUAGGGCAGAAUAUGCAGACAGACAUGCUGAACUAUCUGGAAGUCCCCUGAAAAGCAAAAGCACUAGGAAACCUUUGGCAUGUAUCAUUGGGUAUUUAGAGAUCCAUCCUGCGAAGAAACCUAAUGUAAUUCGAUCUGCACCCAGCCUGCAAACCGCAACUACCAAGCGGCUGCUAAGCACCCCGAACCAUACGUCUCUGAGCAUUCUGGGGAAGAGAAACUACAGUCAUCACAACGGCCUGGACGGCUCACCAAGUGAAGCACAGCUCUGCUCCAUCUUGCAGCCCUUCCUCGGGAAGCUACAAGGCUGUGGAGAACUCACAUGCUGCGUGUCAGACUGAGCCUCCCUGUUUCAUCCUGCAAUCCAAGACUCGCUACACCGCCCCGCUGAUGUCCACAGCCGUGCCUGGGAAGGAGGCAGCCCCAUUCCCAGUACCUUUCAGGGGAGACCUCGCCGUGCGCCCCGUGGAGACUCAGUGGGGCAGGGGAAGAACCUGUGGGAGCACGUGCUGCAGGCUGCAUCUCCGUGUGUGCGUCCCGGGCACCUCGCUUUCCUCUCAGAGACCUUGCUGUCCCACAGCAGGACCUGCCUGAGAAGGGGGGUGGGGGAGCCGCCCCUCCCCUCCUCCCCCCUCCAGUCUGCAGCAGGAGCCACGGCCCUGUGCGUGUCAGCUCCGCUCUGUCUCAUGCUCUGUAAUUACGUACAGGAGGGCCUUGGCUUCAUUCUAGUGGAUUUUUCUUAAGAACAUGCCAGUGUUUAUGCAGUUGAUGGUGUCUCCCUGUCCUCGCUGUUACUGUCACUUGGCUCUUCCUUUUCUUACAGGGGAAACCCCCCUCUUUCCCCUAUAGCCUAUAUUUGACCCUUCCCACUCCCGCCUCUCCGAGGCACAGAACUCCCUGAGGAUCUGAUGGAAAGUGAGCUGGUCGUCUCUGGUAAGCCUGCAAACUCUGCUCAUCACCUGCGUGUGUCGUUGGAGAGAGCUGAUGUUCUCCAGGUUCUGCUCAGUCCCAGGCAACUCCAGCAAGAGCCAGUGUUACGUAGGCCC